UUUAGCUACUUCUCCGAAUAAUUUUCCAUAUUAGUUCCGUUAUAAUAUUUAUUUAUAACAAUUUGUGUAAAUUAAUUUUUAAUAUAUUUUUAUCGGUAAAUAUUUUAUUUUAAUAUUGAGAUUUUAAAUAAUGGAUAGCAGUGCUAGGGACAUAACAUUGUUAAAGGGUGAGAAAUCAGAGUUUCCUAUCCUAUGUGAAACUUGUCUGGGUCCAAAUCCCUUAAUUCGUAUGAUGAAGCAUACAAUGGGCCGGGAAUGUAAAGUCUGUGAACGUCCUUUUACCAUCUUCAGAUGGAAACCAGGCCCUAAAGCGAGAUAUAAACAGACAAUUAUCUGUCAAAUUUGUGCCAAAGUUAAAAAUCUAUGCCAAACUUGCCUAUUUGAUCUCGAAUACGGGCUGCCCAUCCAGGUGAGGGAUAAAUUCUCGAGUAACCCGUUGGAGUUGCCAGACUCGAACAAGAAUUUAAUAUAUAAACUAAAUGACAUACAAAAUAAUCCAUCAAACUAUCAACCAAACAGUAACGACGAGAUAUUGAGAAAGAUCGCAAGGGUGGCGCCGUAUUAUCGUAGAAAUAAGCCGAGGAUUUGUACAUUUUGGGUUCGAGGCGCUUGUAAUAGAGGAGAAGAGUGUCCCUACUCACAUGAAGAGGAUGCGUUUGAUCCGAGCCUGUCUAAACAGACGAUACUCAGUAGAUACAAGGGUAAAAAUGACCCGUUGGCAAAGAAAAUUAUUAGUCAGCUAGAGCAGAAACUUGAAGCGAAACCUGAAGACCAGGAGAAACCCAUGGAAUACCCAUCCAUGAACCCUGCCGAAGCCAUUAAACGCUUAAACUGAUUUUAUACCAUGUAAUAUGAAAUAUUUUAAAAGAUUA